UGAACGUCAAGACAAAGGGAUCAGAUCUCGAAGUUCUGGAGAAGUGCUAAUAAGGUUGGUGUGAGGCAUUCGUUGGACGAAUGCGUGCCUUUGUUUGGUUUUGUGUUUCAAGCCAGAGUUGAGAUCACUUUCACCUUUAUUGCCCUUGAAAUCAGUGAUUUUGUGUUCUUAGUAGCCAAUCUCGAAAUGUGAGGGGUAGGCUGUACGCGGUAAAUGUAAAUGUAGUGCAUGUCUAUUUUAGGUAUCGCUUUUUUUCUUUGUAAAGGUCGUCUCUCUCUCCUUUUUUUUCUAUUUUCUUUUUUUCUUUUGUCAGUAAAUAAGGAAGAUUUUAGAAGUUUCUGUAUAUCACAUUAUAUGAGUAUACAUUUUCUUUAAUUAAUUUAUGUGUUAGACUAUUCAUGAAAAGGUGCAAUUUCUAUAAAAUAAGUACAAGGACGACCACAACUUCACAGAAAAUUCAGAAUAAAUUUGCUCUUUUUUGACCACCAAUGUGAGUAUUUCUGUUCGUUGAUUUUUAUCGCUAAGUUUUGCGGUUUUGCGGGUUUAAUAGGCGUCAAUUACCCUCUUCCUCUUCCCCUGUGAAAAGGUUCAUUUAUGUAACCUGCAUGAUUGUGAGAUAGACUGAUAUUCCUUUAAAAACCGUCUAAGGGAUUUUUUUUCAUCUACAGGCAUUCAUCGGGCAACCAAGAGCACCUUUUUGAAGUGGAUUUUCACUGUCUUUUCUUUUUACAAGUUGUGCCACUUAUUCUCAUAUUACAGACCAUUUCUUUUCAUUCCUGUAUAAGAUAUAAAGUACAGUUUUAUUUGGGGUAAAAGAGAGCGGAAAAAAACUACUUGUGCUCGACCACUGCAGUGCUUAUGUAAACUAAGCUUAACGUCAACCCUUGUGUUUUGUAAAAAAAAAUGCCAGUUUUCAAAACAAACCCUUUGACCCAAAGUCUACCAAUGACAAAGUGGACAAUAUUGCGAGGUACCCAAAACGUACAGAAACGGAAUCCUAAAUAUUUGACAGUAACUUGCGUUCCCUAUCCAGGUCAUAAAUUCGCUUCUAACACUUGCAUCUUUACGUUGCAGUUAUUGGUCAGGAAAAACCUCAUUUUGUCUUUGAAGUGAUCUCGAAGCAAUGAAUAUUCCAUUUGUUUUGCUGUCGUUUCUUCUGGCUUCACACGUCGAAUGCCAAGGUUUGUUGUUACAACCGCAUUUAAUGGUGAAGGUUUAGAGUAUUUUUAACCUCUUCUACUAACUUAAACACGUAAUUUAAUGUUUCAGGAGAAAGCACAACAAAGGCAAAACGACUUGCAGUCGCAGAGGAAACUUUUGACGACAACGAGAGCUUUGAAGAGGUAGCGUGUCCACGUCCUUUGGGCGCUCAUAUAUCUAUUCCAUAGAUAAAGUACCUUUGACUAUAUUCGUUAUUUUUCACGUUUUCGCAGAUAGUCACACGUCUGUGUUAACACUCACCCCAUCCCUCACCCCUACUCAAAGUUGUUCCUUCAAGUUUUGACCAUGGUCUUGUAUAGUUCUGGCAGCUUUUAUAAAGGGAGGAGGGGUGGGGGGAUUAGCAAGCACAAAAUAAGGCAAAGUUUCUCAAGUGUUUUUGCAGCAGGUUGCAACUCACCUAAGGGGGGCUGGUUAUUUAAGAUUUACCAAGAAACGUACGUUCUGUUAAUGUCAACUCCCGUCAUUUACUCCCGCUAUUUUUUCUUUUCCAAAAAGGUUAUUUAAUAUUUCAUUAAUGAUGAUCCUGUUUUAUUUUGAUGCGUCUAAACUUCCAACUAGACAGUAGAAUCCGACAGCAGUGUUAGUGAUGACGAUUUCCAGGACGAACUUGAAAGCGGGAACUUCAGCAAGCCAGUUGUGAUAAAGGUGAUAUAUUUUUUAUAUUAAAUAUCAUUUUCUGACGGUUGACGGUUAAAUUUUGGACGAUUUGACGGUUGAUGGUUAACCUUAUUGAGAACCUUCAAUAAGGAAGCCAAUCAAAUAAUUGUAGUGGUAGGUGUCACCUUAUUUUCAGCUGUACAAUGAUUUCAAUACUUUUUGGCUCGGUUCGCAGGAAAAACCUGGGACAAAGCCAAAAGCAAAGCCAGACUCAGAGGGUUAUAAUGCUGAUGAGGAAACCGAAGGCGAAGCAGCCAAAACAGAUGAUAAGGGAGACACCGAAUUAAUUAGAACCGAAGGCAAACCAGGAUGGGCGGAGAAAGUCUUGAAAAAGGUUUGGAAAUAUUUUUCCAUUCCUAGAAGCUACGAAAAGACCCGAGAGGUUGCUACAUGCCAUAUGAGAUAGACAACCUAUGCAAUUUAUAUGUGCUCUGAAUAUUUUCAUUUCUAAUAGUUCAUUGGCUUGUAAAAAACUAAAUGAGACUCAAAUGGCUUUUCUAAUAGCAAAUACUUGACAAUUCCUCUCUCUCAUUUAUGAAAUACACAACGCUAACUUUAUAUUCAACUCAAAUUUUUAAAGAAUUAUUUCACAUAGUUAGUUGGAACCUUGGGAAAGAACCAA